AUGCGAUCUCCUCCUUAUUCGUCUUCCUCUUCCUCUUCACUCGCUUCCACAAGUUUAACCAACAGACUCGAGACAAUCUUCAAGAAAGCUUACGAGCUUACGACUCUCUGUGACAUCGAAGCCUGCGUCAUCCAUUACGGACCAGACGGCGAGUUAAAAACAUGGCCUGAAGACAGAGAGAAAGUGAGAGACUUGGCUCUUAGGUAUAGUCGAUUAGACGAGGCCAAGAGAAGCAAGAAAAGCGUCAAUCUUUGUGGUUUCUUGAUGAAGAACAAGAACGUGAAGACGCAUCUGAAGAAGAAGGCGAAGAUGAACGAAUUAAGGUAUCCAAUCUCCGAUCAUUACUCUCCCGACCAAAUCUCCGAGCUGAUUCAGUCCUUGGAACAGAGUUACUCCACGUUGAAAGAGAGGCGUCGGUUUCUUGAGGCACAGAAACAGAAGAAGGAGAUAAAAUUGGAGGAUCAUCAGAGUCAAUCUCUAAACCCUAGCAGGUUCUCGCUGUUUAUGUAUAACGAAGGAGAUGCUACUCUCUCUCAGAUCCCACUCUCUGCGUUAAAUUUUAACCAAUUGCCCACACAAUUCACCAACGGUGGUUACUCGGCACCGGCAGCACAAGACUCUGGGUUGAAGAAUCACUUGAUGCAUCAAGAACUUCAUGCCUGUAUGAGUGACAACAACAACAGCAACAACUUUCAACAUCUUUGCGUCUCAAACACGCAAGAUCUCUCAGCGUUACCAUCAGAGCUGCAAGAAUCUGUGAACAGCUUCGGGUUGAAUCAGUUGAUGCAGCAAGAAGAGCCUUACGGUUUUGAUCAGCGCAUGUGUACGAGUGAUGUCACCAACAGCAACAACUUUCAACUUUCUUGCGUCUCAAACUCAAACACACAAGAUCUCUCAGCGUUACCAUCAGAGUUACAAGAACCUGUGAACAACUUUGGGUUGAAUCAGUUGAUGCAGCAAGAAGAGCUCUAUGGUUUUGAACAGAGCAUGUGUAAGAGUGAUACUACCAACAACAACGCUCUAGAUGAGUUCUGUUCUGAAUUUCAGGUCGGUAACACUAGCUUCCUUCAAGAGUUUCCAGAUAUGUAUACAGGCUAUGAUGUUCAAUCUUCUGAGAGCAGUCUACUUCAGAGAUCAACUCUACCAUCUCUCUACACCGUUCCUAACAGUUACUUUCUUUCCGACAACUCGCAUUUUCUCUGA